GCCGCUCCUUUCAACAACUGGCUGGAUGGUGCUCGUGAAGAUUUAGCUGAUCUAGUGAUUGUUCAUGAAAUGAGAGAGAUCCAAGAACUCUGCUCGGCCCACGAUCAAUUCAAGUCGACCCUAGGAGACGCUGAUAAAGAGUUUGCCAGCAUAUCCGCCAUAGAGAAGGAGAUUGAGCGUCUUGUGGAAGCUCAUGACCUCGAUCGUGAACUACUCCGCAACCCGUACACUGACCUGGCAGCAGCCGAUAUUCGCCGUAAAUGGGGUGAAGUGCAGCAGGCAGUACCGAGAAGAGAUGGGCAACUACAGAGCGAGUUGCGUAGACAGCAAAACAACGAGCGCCUCCGUACUGUAUUCGCCGACAAGGCAAAUCAGGUUGGACCAUGGCUCGAAAAGGAGCUGGAGCGGGUAAGAUUUUCCAAUAAUGUUGUCAGCAUGAAAGGGGCCGAUAUUUUGACUGAAAGUUGUGAACAGACAUUGGUUGCUUGGCCAGAUACAUUCGGCGUACGCAUCGUGACCAUAUGGAAGUUCUCAUUCUAA